CUGAGGAGCCAAUCAAGAGAGAGAGGGGCGUGGUCGUAAAAAUGGCAACCAAAACAAGACUGUUAAUUUUGUGCCGGAAACAUUUUGCAAAUUUAAUCCGCUUGCAAGCGCAAAGUUUGACACAAUGCACUGCAGCGAGGCACGCGUCCGUUUAUUCGAGAAACCUGCAAAGUCAAUCGACUCUUCUGUCAACAAGAUGCAGCCCAAUUGUGAACAGAACUUCUCUCAGAAGCAUGUUCAUUCAGACUCAAAGCACACCGAAUCCCAACAGCUUGAAGUUCUUGCCUGGACGAGAGGUCUUGGGCACUGGAAAAACAAUGGACUUUCCAUCAGGAACGGCAGCUUACUGUUCCCCUCUUGCAAAGUUGAUUUUCCGAAUCGACGGAGUCAAGGCAGUAUUUUUCGGACCAGACUUCAUCACAGUCACCAAGCUGGACGACGACAGCGACUGGAAACUCCUCAAGCCUGAGAUUUUUGCCGUCAUAAUGGACUUCUUUGCAAGCAACCUGCCCAUUGUGACUGACACUAAGCCCAAUUCAGAUACAGAGGCUAGCGAAGAUGAUAGUGAGACUGUUCUGAUGAUCAAAGAACUGCUGGACACAAGAAUCAGGCCCACUGUCCAGGAAGAUGGAGGAGAUAUAAUUUUCAUGAGUUUCGAUGACGGAAUCGUCAAGUUGAAAAUGCAAGGUUCCUGCACUAGUUGCCCAAGUUCGGUGGUAACUCUGAAGAACGGAGUGCAAAACAUGCUCCAGUUCUACAUACCAGAGGUUGUGUCUGUGGAGCAAGUGGAGGACGAAGCAGAGAUUGUUGCGAAGAAGGAGUUUGAAGAAUUUGAGAAGAAAAUUAAGAAGGAAGACCCAUAGUUAGUGGCGGAUUUCAGAGGUAAGAUAAGUUGUGAUAAUGGACACUGCAUAGUUUGUUGUUUAUUAGAUUAUGCCAUUUUCGGUUAACCGAGUCAUAAUAUUGCUAAGGUUUUCAACAAAACCUGAAUGAAAUCUUGGAAAAAAUGGAAAAAAUAAAAAUUAUUAUACUGAAAUGUUAAACAGUG